AUGAAAGAAAUAUUUCAAUUACCCGAUACCUUACCAUUGUUUUAUAAAUCUAACGGAUCCGAUCAAGUGUUACUCGAGUUUAACGGUGAAGACGUUUUGCACAUCAUCGGUGUAGUUGAUGUCAGAGUCGUUGAAGGCACAAUUGAACUAUGGGGUUUUACCAUGAAAGCAGAUUCUCCACCAAUUACCAUAUAUUCUUCAGGAUUACUGGGAUUGAUUUCAAUUUCAUCUGCGGAUGGACAAAAAGCAAUUGUUGUAAUUGAGAAGAGUGCCCAUACUAGCAAAUGGAAAACAUUCAUGAAUGAAUAUAUACCCAACUUUAAUAUAUUUGAUGUGAUCGGGACAAGGUUAACUCCACCAAAGCUUUUACUGGAACUAGAAGAUCAAUUGGGUUGUUGGUUUGACUUGAGCAAGCUACCAAUGUCACACCAAAGAUUAAUUACUGAUGAACAAUGGCAAGGUUUUAGUGAUGAACUCCUUGACCGUCCUAUUAACCAACCAAUUAAAAUUUUAUUGGCUGGAUUCAAAAAUUCUGGAAAAUCAACAAUGAUGCGCUAUCUUAUAAAUAAAUGCUUAAGAAAGUGGGACAAAAUAUUAGUGUUGGACUUAGAUAUUGGUCAAAGUGAAUUGUUUAUACCUAGAUGUAUUUCUGCAUUUAUUAUUGACACUCCAUUGCUUGGACCAAAUUUUACACAUUUAAAACAGCCUUUCAAAUCAUAUUUUUUUGAGAGCAAUGAUGUAAUGACAAAUGUUCCUUUUUACUAUGAAAUUGUUAAAAAAAUAGUAAAUGAUUUAAAAGCUCUUGACUCACAUCAAAUGCCAUGUUUUAUAAACACUAUGGGUUUUGUUGAAGGUCCAGGCCUUGAAAUUUUAUCUAUACUUAUAUCUAUAAUAAAACCAUCAGAUGUAAUACAGAUGAAGUUUAACGAAAAACAAGAAUUAAAUUUGCAUUCAGAAAAUAUUAAUGAAAAAACAAAAUCUGCAUUGUCUUACGAUCUUUGGUAUUUUACAUCAAUUGUUAAAAAUAAAUUAGCCAAAGCUCCUUAUUUACCAAAAUUUGAUAAAAAACUUAGACAAGAACUGAUAAUUACAUCAUACUUGAGUAAAUGCUUGGAAAGUACAGACAUAUAUUUCAAUGAUGUUGUCCCAUAUAAAAUAAACAUUCAAAAUAUUAAAGUUCAAAUAAAUAAUAUUGAUGAAGUAUUAACACAAGAUGAAUCUUUAGAAGUAAUAAAUGCUAAUGUGAUAGCUUUAUGUAUUUCUAAUAAUAUAAAUUUAAAUGAAUGUGUUGGAUUUGGUGUUGUUCGUAACAUAAAUAAAUCAACAGGUGAUAUAUUUGUAAUUACUCCUGUUGCACCAAAUCUAUUAAAAUAUGUUAAUCAGUUUAACCUUGGUAACAUUAAUUUGCCAUAUACAUUCUAUACAAAAGGUACACAAAUAUCAAAGUUUGUUAGUGUUAAACAAGACAACAUUUUUAAUGAGGAUGUUACAAGACAUUAUAAAGUGAUGUCAUAAAUAUUUUAAUUAUAAUUUUUCAUCAAAAUUAAAAAUAAUAUUAAAAAAAUAACAAAAAUA